AUGGCGACUCUUAUCCGCACUACAUUUGUGAAAGUGGUAAGCCCUGCGCAGGGUAGCAAAAUAGCAGGAUGCACAAUUAUCCAAAAGCGAGAUAUUAUGGGGAAAACCUUACGGGAGUCGCUUCCGCCCCGCCCGCCUAAACCAGCCCCCUUUGAUUACGUCAAUAAGGAUUAUACCUGGUUCCGAAGUUUGUUUGAUAGGACUACCCAUAGGUUGGAUGAAAAUUCCAAAGUUGUUAUCGUAGAAGGACCAGUAGCAGCCGGUAAAACUCAGUUUGCAUCCGCCCUGGCUGCUGACCUAGGCAUGAAGCAUUUUCCUGAAGCUAAUAUGGACAUCCACUAUAUACAACAAGGAGUUGAUCUACGCACGUUUAACGACCGUGUCCCUCCGGACACAAGAACAUUCGACCACAUCGAUUUUAAUAAUUGCCCCAACCACCGCUUGGCUGGUAAUUAUCAGAUUAUGAUGUACAUGGCUAGGUUUAGCCAGUACAUCGAUGCAUUGGCUCAUCUAUUAAACACUGGACAAGGAGUUGUGUUGGAAAGAUCUCCAUUUUCUGAUUUUGUGUUCCUUGAAGCGAUGUUCUCUCAGAAGUUUUUAAGCAAGGGAGUUAGGUCUAUUUACUAUGAGUUAAGAGGUCAAACAAUUGAAGAUUUGCUGCGUCCUCAUCUAGUCAUCUACCUUGACAUCCCUGUUGACAAGGUACAGGAAGCCAUCAAGAAGCGUGGACAAAAACAUGAAGUAUGUGGCAAAGCUCUGACACCUGCUUACUUGCAAGAAAUUGAAAGGCAAUAUAAGAACAAAUAUCUUCGUGAUAUUUCUACCCAUGCAGAGCUUUUAGUGUAUGACUGGACUGGGGGUGGUGAGGUUGAAGUGGUAGUCGAAGAUAUUGAACGUCUCGACUUUGAUCAGUAUGUCCACCGAGAUGAGCCAAAAAUGAAAGACUGGAGGCUGCCCCGCGAAGUGGAGUGGUCUGAUCAGCGUAUGAUUUUCACUAACAACAAGCACAUUUUCAUGAACCUAUUCAACAUACCAAGAACUGAUGUACCAGAAUUGGUCACUAGUGCUGACGACAUGCAUGCCUAUACUCAGGUGGUGUACGGUGACCCUAAAAUAAGGUUCUUGGAAGGCUACAACGCUGAAGCUGGUGACACGGGCAUUGCCAUGAAGAAUAAAAUGCCCAAAUAUACAGAAUACUUCUAA